AUGAAUAAAGACAUUUCACAAAUCUUCAGAUUACAUCAAAAGUGUUUUUCUUCCCCAUCCCCCUCUGAUCAACUACAUUCUAUAUAUUUAAUUAUUUAUUCAUUUAUAUGGUUAAUAAACUAUCAGCAUUACAAAGAAAUUAAGUUGAAUCAGUCAGAUAUUCUGACGUCAAUGGUGCCUACAUAUUAUCUCAUUCAAAGUGAUUAG